GGGGAGGUAAAAAGUUUACACCCUCGCCACUCUCUCCUCCCUCUUCUUCCUUGGUGGCGCAGAUGGGAGUUUUACCUGGAAUGACAUAAGUUUUUUUUUUUUUUUUGAGGGUGUCUCUUUCUCUCCCUCGCCCACCUCUUUUUUUUCUUUUUUUUUUUUUUUUAAUUACCCCCCCCCCGCGGCUCUGGGCCCACCCCCCGCUCCCCUCCGGCGGCGGGCGCGGGUGUGACACGCGGGGAACACCCACCCACCUAGGCGUCCAUGGUGGGAGCUGUCAGCGGGAGCCGCGCCGAGCGCACCGCGCCGCCGCCGCAGCCCCUGCCGGGGACCCCGCCGCGAAAGCCCUGCCCCGGUGCCCGACGUCGAGCCUAGUAUUUCCUCCGCAUACUUUUUUUUUUUUUUUUUUUUUUUUCCUCCCCUCCUCUCCCCCUAAUUCUCUCGGCGCUGGUGGCGGUGGGGCUCCCGGAUGGUUUGCUCGCAGUAGCUGGGGGCCGAGCCUCCUGCCGCCGCUCCACCAUGUCGUAGGGGAGUUAUGGAGACAAAAGGAUACCACAGCUACUCAGAAGGCUUAGAUAUGGAGAGACGGUGGGGUCAAGUUUCUCAGUCUGUGGAGUAUUCUUCUUUAGGUGCUGGAGAACAGACUGAUGACAGUAACUAUAUGGAGAUUGUAAAUGUAAGCUGUGCUGCCGGCGCUUUUCCAAACAGCAGUGCUCAAGGAAACAACAAAGAGAAACCUGAACUACUCACUUGCCUGCGGCAAGACAGCAAUCCACCUGGUAUUUUACCCUCUGACAUCAAAACCGAAACAGAGUCGAAAGAACUCUCAGCAACUGUAGCUGAAUCUAUGGGUUUAUAUAUGGAUUCAAUACGAGAUGCUGAUUAUCCCUAUGAUCAGCAGAAUCAAGGGAGCCCAGGAAAGAUAUAUCAGAAUGUGGAGCAGCUGGUGAAGCUCUACAAAGAGAAUGGCCAUUGUUCUUCUCCCCUCCACAGCGCCAGCAGGCCCUUGAGGUCUUUGAUGUCGGACUCUGGAAGCGCUAUGAAUGGUGGUGCCAUGCACGCGAUUGUCAAAAGCCCUAUAAUGUGUCAAGAGAAAAGUCCUUCAGGCUGUAGUCCUCAGAAUAUGACUUCCUCAGUGUGUAGUCCUGCUGGAAUUAACUCUGUGUCCUCAACUACUGCUAACUUUGGGAAUUUUGCAGUGCACAGUCCAAUAGGCCAGGGAACUCCCUUGUCCUGCUCACCUAACAUUGAAAACCGGGGGUCCAUGUUGCACAGUCCUGCACAUGUUAGCAAUGUAGGGUCUCCACUUUCUAGUCCUAUAAGUAGCAUGAAAUCACCAAUUUCUAGUCCUCCCAGUCAUUGCAGUGUGAAAUCUCCUGUCUCAAGUCCUAAUAACGUAACUAUGAGAUCUUCUGUGUCCAGUCCUGCAAACAUGAACUCAAGAAGCUCUAUUGCCAGCCCUUCCAAUGCCAAUAACAGGUCCACUCGUUCUAGUCCAGCUGUUAGCACUGUGGGAUCUUCUAUCUGUAGCCCUGUAAACAAUUCUCUAGGAUUUCCUGCUUCUGGCACACCUGCUGGACCUAGCAGAAACCAAGACACUGUUCCUAGUCCAGAAACAAAAGAAAAAGGUGCUCAAGAAAUCACAUUUCCUAAAAUGGAGGAAAUGGAGAAUGCCAUCUCAAACAACAGUCAGAUGAACCUUGUUCAGUUUAUAAAACCCGAACCAGACGGUUCGUUCGGUAGUGCAUGUAUUGGAGAAAACAGUAAAAUAAAUUCUGAUUCCCCAUUUUCAGUACCAGUAAAACAAGAAUCAGGUAAACAUCCCUGUUCUGGUGCCUCUUUUAAAGGGAAUCAAACAGUAAAUCCUUUUCCAUUUACAGAUGGCUCGUAUUUUUCUUUUAUGGAUGACAAAGACUACUAUUCUCUUUCUGGGAUUUUAGGACCACCUGUUUCUUCAUUUGAUGGAAAUUGUGAAGGUAGUGGUUUUCCAAAUCCAGGCUUGCCUGUGGGAAUUAAACAGGAGCCUGACGACGGCAGCUAUUAUCAAGAAAACAGUAUACCAUCCUCUGCCAUUGUUGGUGUAAAUUCAGGUGGACAGUCAUUUCACUACAGGAUUGGUGCCCAAGGCACGAUAUCCUUGUCGCGGCCUGUUGCUAGAGAGCAGACCUUUCAGCACUUGAGCUCGUUUCCUCCAGUCAGUACACUCGUGGAGACAUGGAAAUCUCAUUCGGAGUUGGCAUCCAGAAGAAAUGAUGGGUAUCCAGUUCUAGAAUACAUUCCAGAAAAUGUGUCAAGUUCUUCACUGAGAAGUGUAUCAACUGGAUCUUCAAGACCUUCCAAAGUGUGUUUGGUGUGCGGAGAUGAGGCAUCUGGAUGCCAUUAUGGGGUAGUUACAUGUGGCAGCUGUAAAGUUUUCUUCAAGAGAGCAGUAGAAGGGCAGCACAAUUACCUGUGUGCGGGAAGGAACGACUGUAUAAUUGAUAAGAUUCGGAGGAAGAACUGCCCAGCUUGUCGAUUACAGAAAUGUCUGCAAGCUGGAAUGAAUUUAGGAGCCCGCAAGUCCAAAAAGUUGGGGAAAUUGAAAGGGAUGCAUGACGAACAGCCACAGCAGCGACAACAGCCGCCACCCCAGAGUCCAGAAGAAGGGACUACAUACAUUGCUCCAGUAACUGAGCCAUCUGUAAACACAGCACUUGUUCCUCACAUGUCUGCUAUUUCACCAGCACUUACUCCCUCUCCCGUUAAGAUCCUGGAAAGCAUUGAACCAGAGAUUGUGUAUGCAGGAUAUGAUAGUUCAAAACCAGAUACAGCAGAGUACCUACUUUCCACUUUAAACCGCCUGGCUGGCAAGCAAAUGAUUCAGGUGGUAAAGUGGGCAAAGAUACUUCCAGGAUUUAGAAACUUGCCUCUCGAGGACCAAAUUACUCUAAUUCAGUAUUCAUGGAUGUGUCUGUCAUCAUUUGCCUUGAGUUGGAGAUCGUACAAACAUACAAACAGCCAGUUCCUCUAUUUUGCUCCAGACCUGAUCUUCGAUGAGGAACGGAUGCGCCAGUCUGCUAUGUUUGAACUGUGCCAGGGGAUGCACCAGAUCAGUCUGCAGUUUGUUCGCUUGCAGCUUAGCUUUGAAGAAUACACUAUAAUGAAAGUUUUGCUGCUGUUAAGCACAGUUCCCAAGGAUGGUCUCAAAAGCCAAGCUGCAUUUGAAGAAAUGAGGGCAAAUUACAUUAAAGAACUAAAGAAGAUGGUAACUAAAUGUCCAAGUAACUCUGGGCAAAGCUGGCAGAGAUUCUACCAACUGACUAAACUUCUUGACUCCAUGCAUGAUCUUGUUAGUGACUUGUUGGAAUUCUGUUUCUACACCUUCCGAGAGUCUCAGGCACUGAAAGUAGAGUUUCCAGCCAUGCUGGUGGAAAUCAUCAGUGACCAGCUACCAAAGGUGGAAUCUGGGAAUGCCAAGCCCCUGUACUUUCACAGGAAGUGAUAGAAAAUGUCUUAAGUGGAAGAACUUUGCCUUAAGUUUCCCUGUGUUAUUCCACACCCAUGAAGGACCCAAGAAACCAUAUUUUAAACAUGCUAUUUACACUUGUUCAGCAGUCUCUGAGUAGUCUAAAAUCAUGAAGGGUUUGGGGAAUGGAAAACAGUUGACCUGGAUUUGGCAAGACCUAGAUGUUUGGAAAUUACCCCCUUACCCUAAAACAUUUAGAAAAUGUUCCUGUUCCUCUGGAUGAAAAGCCAUAUCUAGUCAAUAACUCUUUGAUUUUGAUAUUUUAACAGACGGAGUUUUAAAUAUGCCAUGUAGUUUCUGGUAUUCUUUGCUUGUUUUAAAAGGGUUCAAGAACUAAUAAGAACUUUUUAAAGCUUACCCUUGGUUUGCACAUAAAACGUAAAGUCAAUAUGGGGCAUUAAUAUUCUUUUCUUGUAAAAAAGAAAAACAAACAAAAACUACACACACACACACACACACACACACACACACACACACACACACACACACACACACACACACACACACACCCCUAAUGUGUAAAGUAAUAACAGAACAUUUGGUGUGGAAUACUCUGUUAUCCCCACCUGUGGCAUUUGUUAUCCCAUCAUAGCUGAUAUACACUGUGUUAAGUGUCCAUUUACUAUUUAAUUAAGGAGGAUAAGAUGUGAAAACAAAUGCCCUGGUAUCAAUUUAUAGUAUCUAUUGUGCUGGCUUUACAAAUAAUUUUUUGCAGUCUUUUGCUGUACUGUACAUUGCUGUAUGUAUAAAUUGUGAAGGACCUGAAAUAAGGUGUAAGGAACUUUUGUAAAUGAGACAAAAAAAAAUCUUUAAUGGUUAAUAGGAUGAAUGGGAAAGUAUUUUUGAAAGAACUCUAUUUUGCUGGAGACUAUUUAAGUACUAUCUUUGUCUAAACAAACAAGGUAAUUUUUUUGUAAAGUGAAAUGUUCUGCAUGCAUAAUGAACCGUUUACAGUGUAUUUAAGAAAGGGAAAGCUGUGCCUUUUUUAGCAUCAUAUCUAAUUUACCAUCCCACAGUAUCUGUUGUAAAUAACCACACUUAAUCUUUUUCAGUUGUAUUUAAGCCUUUCUGUUUUCCUCUAUAUUUUUCUCCCUUUUGUCUCUCGCUUGCAAGUGUAUGUGACUUGAGCACAUCUUAGAAAUCCUGCUUCAUAUUUCUGUAGGAAACUACACUAUGUUGUGUUUGUCACUUUUUGGAGGUUUCAUUUAACAAGACAAAUUACAGUGUCUCCAAAGCUUUUGCCAGCUUAAUGAUAUAGCGAGUUCUUGCCCUCUAUUCCCCCCUGUCCCUUCUCCCUCUUCCUCUCCCUCUCUCCCUCCCUCUCCCUCUCUCCCUCCCUCUCUCUCUCAGGGGAAUAAGGGUGAAUGAGACGUUGAAUGAUUUUUCUUUUUUUUAUUAAGGUUUCCCAAAUUGUUUGUUUCUCCUUUGAUUACUGAAUACAUGCAACUUACUUAUCUUAAAAGGUCAGAUUAUUAUUUCAGAUUGGCCAUUUCUGAUUAUGAUGAAGGGAUCAUGCAGAUCAUUACAGUAAGUAUACGGAGCAGAUGUGUCCUGAAGAGCAGGGAUGGUAAGGUACUGAUAAGGGCAGAUUAGCUGGGUAGAAUUUUUAGUGAUAAACUCAAAACAUGCUUAAUUUUGUAAGAAUUUUUGUAAUAACCAGAACACAUCUGAGAAGACAAGUGUUCACACUACAAGUUCAACUCAGUUGGUCUGAUUUUGUCUCAAAAUGUUUUCUCUAGAGACAGCUGCAAAGAAAAACUUUUGAGGUGAUUUUCACUAUUUCACAAUUUAUAAGCAAAUACAGAAUUUUGGGAUAGAAUAGAGGACAGGUGAACUUUUCUGAGGCUCACUGUUGCUAUCAUAUGCUAGUUUAAAUAGAAUAGUUUUUCAGAGUUCUAAUCUGUAGUGUUCUCUCUGGGUGACACUGAUAUUUUUGAGCUAGAGUUCUCCCUUGAACGGCCAGAAUGUAGCAUUUCUUUUAAAGGUGGUCUAAUAAAAAUUAUGUACCCUUUCUGAUUCAAAAUUUUGAGGUGCGCUUUGGUGCACUUAAGACAGUCAGUGCUACUUGUCUUUCUUUUUAAAUGACACCUGCCUUAUGCAAUGGGUAAUCUGUAAAGACUGUAUUCAGAGAGAUCUUUUUAUAUAUAGAUACAUACAUAUAUUAUUUGCAUUUUGGAAGUCUAAUUCAUAAGCAGAUCUUUCAAUACUGACCUGCACAGCAAUAUGAAAGCCAAACUUCCAACAUGAGACACACAGCAUGCAGACUGGUUGUUUACAGUAAAGGAAUAGUCACACAUCCAUCCUUUCAUUUACCUUUUUUUUUGGUUGUUGUUGUUAAAGUCUAAAAUAGAAAAUUUCAAAGCCAGGUUUUGGGUGAAUACAGUCUGCAGCAGCUUUUUAUAUUAACAAAGUUACUGCCUCCUUUUCUGUCUCAAAGUAACUUUGCUUGAUUAAAAUAGCAAAGCCAUAUUCUACACUUCACUGUUAAAUGCCUGUCCCAGUCCAAAUUGUCGUCUGUUUGCUCUUAUUUUUGUACCUUAUUACUUUUAAUCUUGGUUUGGUACAAUUCAUAAUUCACAGAAACUUCAUAUAAUUAAACACACUAAAUUAGUUUUAAAAGCAAUUUAUAUCUUUAUGCAAAAACGUAUGUCUGUCUUUGCAAACAACUGUAAGCAGAUUAUAAUAAAUCCUUUACUUUAAUCACCUGUUGUUUAUGAAACCAUUCAUUGAUUAUUUUUUUUCGAGAUCAUUGAAGUAAUAAAUAAAAUUGGAUAUAGAUGUUGUAAGAGGCAGUGUUCUCUUAUCAAGGACACUUAAGCAGAAUAGCCAUCACUUUUUUAUCUAAACCUGUAUAGCAAAAAGCUACAAAAAUAGUUUUCAGCUACCAAGUUACAUUAUUUUGAAUUUGUUUAGAAUGAAAUAGGCAUUUGUCUCCCGCAAAAUACAAGACAAACUAAAAAAAUCUUCUAAAAAUGGGCUUCUGUUCAUUGAGAUAAAUUAUUUUGUUGCAAGAAAGAAUGGGGAUAUACAGCAAGAGCAUUGUAUACACAGUUAAAAAUGUAAAAUAGUGUUAAUGUACUGCAGUGGGUAUUUCAGGAAUACUACACACUGUGCAACUGAACAGUUGUGCAAAAUAAAAUAGAAAGACUAAAGUUUGCAAUAUCAAAAUCUUAUUAAAAAGAUACUUUACAAUCAAUAAUGCAAAAAGCUAAUUCACAGGGUGGUGUUUUUCACUGACUUGUUUAAACAUUUAUGAAAUUAAACAAUUCUACAGUUAAUGCACUUUUAAUUGUUUAUUAAAGAUCUGACUUUUUCUUUUUUUAGAGCAAUGUUUUCAGCUGGAGGUCAAUGACUUGAUAAAAUAGACAGCAGUUCUGAGGCCAGGAAGCUCAGAGGAAUGUUUAAGAAUUCUUGGAGUUUAACUAGAUUCCUGGAUGAAAAAUAAAAGCAGCCAGCAGUAUGGUGUAAACAGUAAAAUCUAUGCAUAAUGAUGCAUUUAUAAUUAGGGGUUUGCUUCUGUAUGUUUAAAGCUUUUUAAAUAAAUAGAAAAUAUUGUUUGGUCUUUA